GGUCAAACACCUGGAUCCGUGAGCAGGAAGUCAUUAGGCUGGAAUUUCUCAGGGCCGAUAUAAGGCCAGUGUCUGAGCCGGGAAGAGCACAGACGCAUCUCGAGCUCCUGAACCUUCGCUCUCAGUGAGUUUUUUUAAGGUCUUGCUUUCUCAGCCUGCAACAUGAAGCUCUUUCUCUUCGUCGCCUUCCUGGCCUCAGCUGCCUGCAUGAUUUCAGCGAAGAAACUGCUGGUGGUUGGAGGUUUGAACGGUGGUGUGGUGGGGCUGAACCCCGGCGUGGUGGGGCUGAACCCCGGUGUAGUCGGGCUGAACGGAGGGCUGUUGAGUCCCGGGCUGGUGGUUGGAGGCAUGAAUCCAGCGCUGAUCGGAGGUGGUGGAGCUUUCAUCGGUCAGCCACCCAUUGCUCCAAUGAUUCCUGCGAUCCCUCCGUACAUGCUCCAGCCUCAGUUCGGAAUGCCCAACGCUCCUCAGCUCCCUCAGCAGCUCCCCUUCCAGCCUAACGGGGGAAUGCCCUUCCUGCCCCCUGUGAAUCGUCAGGUUGUGCCUCCUCAGCAGCAGGCAGCGGGGCAGAUGAACCCGGGGGGAAACGGGCAGCAGCCGCAGGGUGACAUGCCCGCCGGCCCAGCGCCACGCUUCAGACGUGCUCUCCGCUGGAGAAUGCAGGACAAUUCAGUCGCUCAGGUCACUCGGAGCCCGGCUACAACCGAGCACCCUGAUGAGUAAAGCCUCCUGACUUUACUGCACAGACGUCUGAGACUUGACCCGGAGCAGCUCCUUAAUUUUUUUUGGAAAUGAUUGUUAGAUGACAAAAUAUAUAAAUCGUAGAAAUAGAAUAUUGAUUAUUAGAAUUAGAUUAGAAAUUAAAAAAGCAGAUGAAUUCAUUGUUAGACUUUGAUUCAUGUGAUGAUCACUAAUAAAAUUAUUCAU